GCCAAACUCGUCGAACGUUAGACCAAAAAUGGUAUCAGAUUAGCCAGCAUCGUAUCAGAUUAGCCAGCAUGUUGAUACCAUCAACAGUUUUCUUGGUUAUUUUGUGCCUCCAUCUUUCUAUCGCCGAAGGGAGUGAGGAGGAACUUCGAUGUCAACCUGAUGUUCCAUGUUCAUUUCCAUACGUCUACAAUCGAGAGCUUCAUUAUGAGUGCAUUAAUAUGACGGACCCCGACCAAAGAUUAUGGUGUUCAACCAAAACUGAUCCCCGAUCUAAGAAGCACAUGAUUGGACAUUGGAAACAUUGCGACUCAGAAUGUGGUUCAGGAACAUCCAAAUCUGAUCCCAGGAGUCAAUUAUCUCCCAUGACUCAAGCCACCAAUAACUUGAUCGACAGUGUGGACAUGUUUACUCAGAAUCCAGUAAGGAUUGACAAAACCCCCCUGAAUGGCACCACCAAAGCAAGAAAAUACUCUGACCGACCAAAAAGAUCCCUGAUGGGCAUCCUGGAUGGAGGCAGCCCAACCCCAUCCAAAGAUUGCAUGACCACAACCGGUUCCAAAAAUCCAAACAAACCUUGCGUUUUCCCCUUCAAGUAUCGUGGCAAAAUCUACUACUCUUGUGCUUGGGUGAUCUUUCACAUCACCAAGGGCCCUUGGUGCUCUACUCAAGUCGAUGAAGACGGAAAUCAUAUCAGAGGACAAUACGGAGUUUGUCAACCAGAAAAGUGUCCGAUUCCUCCUAGAGAGUGCGGAAAGUCGACAAAGGAGAGAGGCUUAGAGGAUCGUGCAAAUAACGUGACAAUUCAGAGCGUUCCUUGGAUGACGUCCCUGGGCAAAAUUGAAAAUGAGGAAUGGGUGCAUCAAUGCGGUGGUAGCUUGAUAACGAAUUAUCAUAUCCUCACUGCGGCCCAUUGUUUCGCCUUAAUUGAACUGCCUGAGUAUCCAUAUAAGGCCCGGUUGGGAAACGAAAACUUGUUGGAAGGAUCAGCUGAAAUCAGGGAUGUUGUCUCGGUUUUGCGUCACCCUAAGUACCGUUCAGGAAGAGCAUAUUUUGACGUGGGAUUAGCUAUUAUGGGAAAAAAGGUCGAAUUUACCGACUACAUUCUGCCAGUUUGUCUUCCAUACCUCCCUGUGGACGACACUGACGAUUUGGCAGACACGUUUGCCAUCUUAACAGGCUGGGGAGAAGACAACAGCGGGAAACGUGCAAUUUCUUUGUCAGUCGAGAAUCUCCAGAUCUUACCCUUGAGCCAUUGCUCGGAUGUAUUUUCGGUUGAACGAGUGUCAAAAUUUGGCAUUGCACCCAUCAAACUCAGACAACAGAUACCGACUGGAAUCACACCCGAGGUGAUUUGUGUAGGAUCUCCAAUUCUGGUGGGAGGGUCAUGUGUUGGUGACAGUGGAAGUCCAAUCAUCCGACCACGCUCAGAUACCGCUCGAGAUCGUUAUUACGAGGCCGUUGCAUUGGUGAGCGGUGGAGUGAGUUGUGCCCUUGAGGCGCAAAUUUACACGCGAUUAACCAACCGCCAAAUCUUGACUUGGAUCCAAAGAAACACUGAUACAUCGCCAUAUCUGAUGGUCAUCGGAGGCUAUAAUGAGAACGAAUUCAAUGGGUUGCUGAGAGAUGUUGAGCUAAUAUCUGCUGAACCCAAUAACCUCUGCACUAAACGGGUCCGUCCUCUUAACGGCAGGGUCUUCAACGUCAGUGGAAACACGGAGUAUGAGGCUGGUACAUUAGGCAUGACCGGCCAAGUCACCAAAGACGCUGCUAUUGUUUGCGGGGGCAAAAAUGGUGACGACAAUUUGAACACUUGCCACAAAUACCUACCGCUAGAUAAUGAUUGGAUCAAAAGCCCAGUUUCUGGUGAGCUGCCUAACAUGUUGGAACCUAGAUUUUACGCCGGAUCUGCCCUGGACGAACAAGGGAACAUGUGGGUUUUAGGAGGCAGCAAGGGUGGCGCGUCAGCUGACAGCACUGAAGUUUUCAACUUCCGUUCAAAGCGGUGGCAGCCAGGCAGGCCGUUGCCUGGCUAUUAUCGCGAUUCUGGCUUAAACAGCCAUUGUGUUGUGAGCUUGAACAAAACCCAUGUGGUGAUUGCUGGUGGUUACGCUGAUCAAUUCACUCUGACAAGUAACAGAGGGGAAAGUAUUUAUAACGCUGGAGAGUCUCAAGACAAAUCAUGGAUGUACGAUGGGUAUCGAUGGAAUGAAUUGGAAUCCAUGUCCACUCGUCGUGAUAGACCUGCUUGCUCGUUGGUCCAAACUGAUGAAGGGAAGCUUUUUGUCCUAGCAGCCGGCGGAUGUGAUAAAUGGUGCGCCAAGAAUCCGGCCAUCUCGUCAGCUGAAAUCCUUGAUCCGGAAACUGGAAAAUGGUCGCCAGUGGCGGAUUUGCCGAUUCCGUUGAUGAGUGCGCAGAUGCAAGUUUUUGACGGGUAUCCUACCAUCGUGGGAGGCUAUGACAAUCGGGACAGAAAUGGCAAAAUGUUUCAAUACAUCAUUGAAGAGGAUCGGUGGUAUGAACAUCCAACAGCCAAAUUGAGAAUCCCCAGAAGCUCGGCGGCUGUGAUUCAAGUCCCCAAGAAUAUGUUUGAUGAUUGCUAAGAUAUUAACCCGAAGCUGUGUUUUUAAAUUCUUUAUUAAGUGCAAAUGAGGUCCAUGGUUCGUUUCGCCACUAUGAUCUUUCUGAAGUACACUUUUGAGUACCAAAUCCCCGUCCACAUAUUGAACUGGAAAUCAAUCUGAUACUCUAUGAACGAGAGAAUGUUUCUGGAAAAUAAAAAAAAAACUGAUGGUGUCCUCGUUGGCCGGACAAGGUACAA